GAGAAACGCGAAAAUUUUGUCUCUCGGUGCGACGGCCGCCGCGCGCUCGAGCUCCAUUUCUAUCUAUCCGUGUGAUAAAAAUCGAGCGAGGCGUGAGACGGGGAGAGCGGAGCAGGACAGGAAGCAGAAGCAGCAGCAGCAGCCGGAGCGGAGCAGGACGAGGGGAGCUGAGAGAUGGCGGACGGAUCGGACGGUACCGACGUGUCGCCGUCGCCGGCGGCGGCGGAGGCGGCGGCGUUGGGGGGAGGUGAGAUCUGGGGGACGUUGGAGGAGCUGCUGCUGGCCUGCGCCGUGAGCAGGCACGGCACGGGGAGCUGGGACUCCGUGGCCAUGGAGGUGCAGACGCGGAGCCCCCUCGCCGCGCGCCCGGGCCUCACGCCCACCAGCUGCCGCCUCCGGUUCCGGCAGCUCCACCGCCGGUUCUCCGUCGCCGGCGACGGCGGCGCCGCGGCGGCGGCGGCGGGGGAAGAGGAGGAGGAGGAGGAUGAAGAGGCGGACGGCCCCGACGCCUCCGCCGCCGACGGGUGGAUGGACGAGUUGCGCCGCCUCCGCGUCGCCGAGCUCCGCCGCGAGGUCGAACGAUGCGAUCUCUCCAUCGGGACGUUGCAGACGAAAGUGAAACGGCUGAGGGAGGACAGGGAGCGGAGCAUCCACGGCGGCGGCGGCGGCGGCGGCGACGGCGAGGCGAAGCAGGAGGCGGCGAACGGCGACGAGCUCCUCUCCAGCGAGGAGCCCGGCCGGUCGUGCAGGGAGUCCAACUCCACAGAUCUGAAACCCCCCACGCGCGCCGGGGACCACAGCGUCAAGGAGGAGGAGCACGAGGCCGCCGCGGGAGCGAAGCAGCAGGCCUCCGGCGAGUCGGUGGCCGCGUCGAAGGAGAGCAGCGACCUGCGGAGCUCGGCCAGCCUCUGCCGCCGCCGCCACCGCCGCUGCAAGCCCGGCGGCACCGACGAGGACGCCGACGGCGAGGAGGCCUCCGCGCCGCCGCCGCUCGCUCGCUCGUCGUCGCAGCUGCUCGCCGGGCUGCUCGACACGUUCGCGUCCAGGUUCGCGUCGCUGCUCGAGCGGCUGCACGAAUGCCAGGAGAGCGACGCGUACCGCGGCGCGAUCAGGCGCCACGUGGACAUCGAGAUGGUGCGGCGGAGGCUGGACGCGGCGGCGGCUGGCGAGGGUGGCGGCUGCCGGUACUACCCCGCCGCCGAGCUCUACCGCGACCUGCUGCUGCUGUGCACCAACGCGCUCGUCUUCUUCCCACGCGCCGGGCCGGAGCACGGCGCCGCCGGGGAGGCCCGCGCGCUCGUGUUCGCCUCGCUCAGCCUCCGCGAGCCGAAGCAGGAGCCUGGCGCCGCCGUGGCGGCGGCGGCGGCGGCUGGUUCUCCGCCGGCGGAGGAUGCGCGGAGGGUUGAGGGCGCAGGCGCAGGCGCCGGUGCUGAUAUCGUCGGGUCGUUGAUAGAGAAGGGAGGGAAGCCGCUGAUCGUUUGCCGGAAGCGGAGCUCCAUCGCGAAGGCGGCCGCGGCGGCGAGGAAGGAGGAUACCGCGGCGAAGGCUGAGGUCGCGGAGGAAGGGGAGGGCAGCGACGACGGCGAGAAGAAGGUCUCCGUGGCGGCGGCGACGGACAAAGCGUGGGGCUUGAGGACGAAGAAGGGCCGGGGCCCAGGCAAGAACUCCGGCGGCGGCGCGAGCCGCAAGCUGGCCAAGCUCUCGGAAGCGACAGAGGCGGCGAGCGAAGGAGGCAAGAAAGCCGACAAGAAGAGCGCCGACGCGGCCGCAGGGGGGCCGGCCAAGAAGCGGAACGCCGUGGACUUCCUCAAACGGCUAAACCAGGGCUCCUCGCCGUCAAAUAAGAAGAAGAAGGGCUCGCCGAUGGGGACGCGGAAGCGUGCGACGACGGUGGUGGCGGCGGCGACGCCGGAGCAGCCGCAGAAGACGAGGAAAGGGCCCGGCCGGAAGGAGGCCGGCCGCGGUGGCCCCAAGAAGGGCGCCACCAAGACGGCCACGCCAAAGAGAAGCGUCGGGCGGCCACCGUCGAAACGAGGUGCCGCCGCUCCAACGACGCCGCCGCCGUCGAAGAGGGCCAAGGUGAACCGGUCGGAGAAGACGUCGACGGCGAAACGGGGAGGAAGGAGGUAGAAAAUUUGCCAAUUUGGGCAGUGUAGCGUUGUAGCUAGAACAGAUAUUAGUGUAACCUGUAGCAGCUAGCAGGUGAUAAUAGUUCAGCUAUGAGUGGACUAACAAGAUCGUUUGUGUUUGUAUUGCGUCUGCAGCAUUUGGAGGAUUUAGUGGACUAACAAGAUCGAUUGUGUUUGUAGCAACACCAUUAAA